GGCGGGACGCGCGGGGCACGCCGGGAGGUGUGGCGGGGCCCGCGGAGGGCGGUGUCGCCGGGUCCUGUGGCGGUGUCGCCGGUCGCGAUGCUCCGUCGGAAGCCGACGCGGCUGGAGCUGAAGCUGGACGACAUCGAGGAGUUCGAGAGCGUCCGGAAGGAGCUGGAGAGCCGCAGGAAGCAGCGGGACGAGGCGGAGGCGGCGGCGGGCGGCGAGGAGGCGGCGGCGGCGAUAGGAGCGCUGGGCACGGAGCACAAGAGCCGCGAGCAGCUCAUCAAUGACCGCAUCGGGUACAAGCCGCAGCCCAAGGCCGGCGGUCGCACCGCGCACUUCGGCACCUUCGAGUUCUAACGGGGGCUGCCCCGGGGGACGGACGGGCCUCGCCUCCCCUCUCUGAGCUGUUGGAGUUUUGUUUUUUAAGUUUUGUUAACAUGCCCGUGAACGCCCCUUGGCCGAGUGUUUUGUUUUAAAUAAACGUAUUUUUUUUAAGAAAA